AUGCCGGAGCCGGCGGGCUGCAGCGCGCGGCCGCCUUUGCCCGUGGAGCCGGCGGCGGCGGGCGGCGGUGCGCCAAUGGAGAGUGAUGUCGAGGAGCCCCCCGCGGGCGCCACCGGCCAGGCGCCGCUCGCGGCGCCGGCCGCCAGGAAGGGCGGCGCCAGGCCUGCGGCGGGCCGCAGGAGGAAGAGAGUCAAGACGGCGGUGCCCGGAGCGCGGCUGGAACACCUCAUGUGCCACCUCUCCAACCUGCAGCUCCAGACCGAGCUCGGCGACCUGGAGGAUCAGCUCCUGCAGCAGGAGGCGGAGGUGGAGGACCUCUACCACGCACGGAGCGAGGAGGUCAUGCGCUUAUCCCACGAAGCGUCCUCGCUAAGGAGGUGGCUGGACCCAGGCGGCCUCCAGCACUGGUCGGAGGGUGGCUCUGUCGACCAGGAGUGGGACCGCCCCGACGCCGCGGCGGAGUUGGCGGCGCUGCGCCAGCGCCUCAGGCUCCAGCGCGCCGAGCUGCAGGAGGUGAGGCGCGGGGCGCUGGACGCGGACGAGGAGGCGGCUUCGCUGGCGCUGCGAUUGGAGGUGCUGCGCGGCGUCCAGGAGCAGGAACUCCGCGAGCUCCGCUUGCGGUUGCCCCAGGCCCGGCGCGCCUCCGAGGCGCCAGCGUCCGCGGUGCGCGCGCCCGAGCUCCAGCGGUGUCACGAGGCCUGCGAGGCCUUGCGGCGGGGCCCCGGGGGCGAGCUGGCGGCGCUGCUCGGGGGCCCCGCCGCGGCAGCGGCGGGCGCCGAGGACCUCACCGCCUGGCUCGGGGCCUUCGGCCUCUGCGUCGAGGCCGCGGCGGCGGCGCCGCUGCGGCCAGCUGGCGGGGCGCCCGCCGACGCCGGCUGA